AUGGCAUAUCCUCAGCGUCCAGCGCAGAGAGUACCCCCGGUGCGAAACUAUGGCCCCCGCGCUCCCGCCCGAGGCGGGGCCUAUCAGGGCCCGCCGCCAAAUGGACAUUACGAUUAUGGCUACGACAACCAAUAUAACGGGUAUGGCGACGCUGCUCAGAAUGCGGGACAUGGCUAUCCCGGUGAUAGUGCAGUCCCGAGGUCUUAUGCCCCCCCACGAGGUGCGCCGCGGCCUCCGCGUGGUGGCUAUGGCCCCCCAAUGGAAGAUCGAGGGUACGCACAUCGCGGACGUCCGCCGCCGCAGGGAUAUGACGGCCGUCGUGGAUACGGGGACAGACCGCCCCCUCCGAUGCAGGAUCGUAUGAGACCGCCUGCUCGUCCACCGCAAUCUCCUGACAAGAUGGCAUUCGACAACCCUUUUCCAUCGUUCCCGGUAAAAGAUCCACGCGGACCCAGGGGGAUCGAGAGUGAAAUGGCUGCAAUGAACCUCAACGGUGGCCCAAUACCCCCUUCACAGGUGCCGGACCGCCCGCACACGUCGCAUGGUAGACGGCAACCUCGACCUGGGUCUCCCGGCCGUGGUAGAGGCAACUACCCCCCUGCUCCUGUGAGAUCGGCCAGUACUGGUCGUCCUCGUGCAGGUUCAUCCGAUCGGUACGACAGGUCGUACACCGAUCCUAGUGGCCCGCCGCCCAUACCACAUGUCAAUCGAAGUGCUACCAUGCCUGUUCACUCAGCGGUACCCCCUGCACCGUCCAAGCCGCUGUACCCUGGACAGUCAACGUACCAAGAUCCCACCUCUCCCCCGCAACAAGGUCCGCAAGAGCACUUUGACACUGAAGCGUGGUUGGACAGUUAUUACAACUCGGUUCAUGCUGGUGAACACGACAUGCCCAACUUUGAUGCCAUGCCUGAUCCUUCAAAGGGAGGUGUGAUCGAUGAAAGCUUGCCCGGCCUAGAACAGCCUAAGCCUAGGGCACCCAUUGAAUCACCGCCAUCAUCUCGCGGAGGGUAUACCGCAUUCAACCCUCAUGCGGCGGGUGAUCCUCACGCCCAGUCACCGACUGGUACCAGGGCUCCCGCGCCAAAUCAAUUUGCCAAUGCAGGGUUCCAAUUUGACCUACCGAGCGAGGGACUUCCGGGGCGUCCUGGGCAUCCUGGGCAUCCACAGGACAAUGCGGGAUAUGAAUACAAUGCCAACCCUUACGAGGAUUCCCACCAUCAAAGACAAGGUAGCUGGGGCGCAACAAUGCCACAAUAUGGUGACAGUUACAACGGAUAUUCCGCUCCAGAGAAUUACCCUGCUCAUGAGGGCUAUCCAGCUCCAGAGAGUUAUCCUGUGCCAGAGCAGUAUCCCCCUCCAGAGGCUUCUGCCCGGAGCAAUGGGCCACCGCGUCCCUACAGGGCCAACCAACCUGCACCAGUACAUGAGCAGGCAGAAUCUUUGAACCAACCAGAGCCCCUGGAUGCGCAGAAGAAUCCUGAUGCACUCCCUCACCACCCCGUUCCUUUCCGCCCGGGUCACGAUCAAGGGAGUAAACCUGCACCAGUACGGCAAUAUAACAAUGUCAGCACUGCCGCAUCUCCCCCAGCCGCACCACAAGCCGUUCCUGCCGAACCAGCCCCCUCUGGACCAGUUACUCAGCAAGAACUUCAGCGCCUUCAGCAGCUAGCCAAAAGUCGACCGUCAGACAACAAGACACAACUCUUGUUUGCGCAGAAGUUGGUCGAGGCUGCGACCGUCCUGGUUGAUGAUAGCCGAAUGGAUCCGAAGACCAAGGCGAAGGCCCGUGAAAAGUAUAUCAUGGACGGGUACAAAAUAGUCAAAAAGUUGGCAUCCAAUGGGUAUGCGGAUGCACAAUUCUAUCUCGCGGACUGUUACGGCCAAGGCCAGAUGGGCCUGCAUGUUGAUCCCAAGGAGGCUUUCAGUCUGUACCAUUCCGCAGCAAAGCAGGGGCAUGCUCAGUCUGCAUAUCGAGUCGCUGUAUGCUGCGAAAUCGGACAAGAAGAAGGCGGAGGCACCAAACGUGAUCCUUUCAAGGCGGUGCAGUGGUACAAGCGCGCUGCAUCCCUGGGUGACCCACCGGCGAUGUACAAGAUGGGAAUGAUCUUGUUCAAGGGACUUCUCGGCCAGUCAAAGAACCCACGCGAAGGUAUUUCGUGGCUAAAGCGCGCUGCGGAACGCGCUGAUGCCGAAAACCCACAUGCCCUUCACGAGCUUGCCCUCAUGUAUGCCAAUGCGGGCACCAAUGAUGUUGUCAUUCAGGAUGAGGCCUAUGCCAGCCAACUUUUCCACCAGGCUGCGGAACUAGGAUAUAAGUUCUCACAAUACCGUUUGGGCACUGCCUAUGAGCAUGGCUUGAUGGGAUGUCCUGUCGACGCCCGGCAGAGUAUCAUCUGGUACACCCACGCCGCUGCCCAGGGGGAGCACCAAAGUGAACUUGCUCUUAGCGGAUGGUACCUUACAGGCGCCGAGGGCAUCCUCCAGCAGAGCGAUACGGAAGCAUAUCUUUGGGCGCGAAAAGCCGCGACUGCUGGCCUUGCCAAAGCAGAAUAUGCAAUGGGAUAUUUCACCGAGGUUGGAAUCGGUGUAGCCGCCAAUCUUGACGAUGCGAAGAGGUGGUAUUGGCGGGCAGCUGCGCAGCAAUUUCCCAAGGCUCGUGAGCGGCUCGAGGAACUUAAACAGGGCGGCGCUCGGAUGCAAAAGACACGACUCUCCCGAUCUGCUGUCAAUCAACAGAAGCAGAAUGAGGGUGAUUGUGUCAUAAUGUGA